UCGGUUUUGUGUUCCUUGAUCCUGCUCGGUCAGUUUCUGAAUCCCAAGGCUAUCAAAAUAUCUUCCUGAUAGAGGUAAAUGAUCUUGGACGCUUAUUAGUUCUUACAAUGGAAUCUCCUGCCACACAGACUCAAUACCAGUCCCUCACUAGUAGACCAGCUCAAAGCGAAUAUGAUACAGUCAGUAAAGAGCAAUCAAUGCCUCCAGUCUCUCGUCAACACUCUGUACAAAGAGAGGAUACGCCCCAUACUGAAUAUGACGUGAUAAAUGGAACUCCAGAUUUAGAAUAUGACACUAUCCCUCAGCCCUUUCCUCUCUCUCAGACAGUGACCACUAAUAAUGCCUUAUAUGGUACACGUGGUUCUAUUAAUAGUAUGAAGCACCCUACUCUUAAAACUGGAGAUAGGUCCUAUCAGUUGUCUCCUGUCCCAGAGUCAUUGCUCACUUUACAAAAUGAUGAGAGCUGCUGCUCAAAGUAUUCAUCCGAUGCAGUUUUGUGUGUAUUUUCGUUGCUCACCAUUUUGCUUUCAUGUAUAACAAUAUCACUUGUAUUAUUAAUAGGAUUCAAUGUCAUUCAGCUCCAGUCAUCUUUGUCACCAUCAGCAGUCCUUCCUUUACCAACUGUCAGUGUAUCUCCUUCUCAAGGAAGACAGACUGGCCCUCCAUUGAUUAGUACUACUAGUACUAUGAGUUUACCUUCUCCAACACAGAUGCCAACAUCAUCUUGUAACUGUCCAUCUCCUGAAUAUGCGACAGAAUUUACCGCAAUAAUGGAGUCAAUAUCAUCUAUAAGUGAAGACAUAAAUAAGCUGAUACAAAAUAAAGUAAGUUCAGUUAGGGUUUUCUAUGUAUUGUACUCAACUUCUUACCAGCUCAUGAGGUGUGCUUUUAGUAUAGAGCUUUGUAGAAAACCCUGAUUCAGUGUAUUUUUCAAAAAUGGCUAGGAGAGAAUUCUCCAUUUUUAGAAUUUUAAAAAU